AAGUAUAAUCUGUGUUGGAAUUGCUACCCUGUGAAUUCCAAGCUCAGGGCAAAAGUGGGCUAAAGGUAGAUUCAAAGUAGAAGCCAAAAUUAUAGCAGAAACAACAUCUGAGCGGAGAAGAUAUACGGAGCUGGAGUUAGUUGGUUUUUGUUUGUUUGUUUGUUUGUUUAAGAAAAAAUACAAGUUUUUUUCUAUGCAGUGAACAAUAUGUUUUUAGUAUUAAUUAUUUUUCAGCAGAAAAGAAACCUAUAUUUGAGACAUUCAGACUAAUUAACAGGAGAAAAAGAAGCAUCCCAAAAGCUAUCUCACCCAGUCUAUGAAACAGGAGUUACAUUGCUGGAAAUCAGAUCAUAGAAGAAAAAAAAAACAAACUUUCAAAACAUGUGGAUAAGGAUGAAAUACAGUUGUAUCUGUGAUUCUGAAUUAAAAGAAAAAUUGUCAAAAGACCAUUAUGCUUCAUUUUAUAAACCUCUGCCUGUUAUGGUGUGAUAAUCACUUGGAUGUGCUGAUGAGCCCUACAUAAACUGAAUGCCUUUUUAAUAGAAAAAUCAUUAGGGUUUCUUUUCAAAACAACAGCAAGAAUAAUAAGCAAAUUAAGAAAGCUAUUUGAGUUGAUUUGGUGGAAAUAGGAAACGAGGCAGAGAGAGCCCUUUCAGGGAAAUCCAGGCAAAGGUGAAGGAAAACGUGGAGUGGAAACUGGACUGAGUAACCCAAGAAGAAACCCAAGCAGAAGAAACCCGCCAGGAAUUAAAGGAGUAUGGCAAUGGUGAAGAAGAUUCUCCGAUCCAGAAAUCUCUUACUUGUGGUUUUCAUUCCACUACUGCUGCUUCCUCUGCCACUUUUAUACCCCAGCAGUGAAGCCUCAUGUGCCUAUGUGCUGAUCGUGACAGCUGUAUAUUGGGUUUCUGAAGCAGUACCUCUGGGUGCAGCAGCCUUAAUUCCUGCUUUCCUAUAUCCACUUUUUGGAGUCAUGAAGUCCAGUGAGGUGGCUGCAGAAUAUUUCAAGAACACAACUUUGCUCCUCAUGGGUGUGAUUUGUGUGGCAGCUUCUGUAGAAAAAUGGAAUCUCCACAAGCGAAUUGCCCUGAGAAUGGUCAUGAUGGCUGGAGCAAAGCCAGGCAUGUUGCUUCUCUGCUUUAUGUGCUGCACCACGGUGCUCUCCAUGUGGCUUUCCAACACAUCCACCACAGCCAUGGUAAUGCCAAUUGUGGAAGCAGUGCUCCAGGAGCUAGUGAAUGCUGAGGAGGAGCGUGAUGGCAUCAGUACUGCAGGCAGCACCGUUAUUGAAGAAAGCGAGCCAAUAGGUCUCAGUGAAAAGCAUGACCAACCUUCACUGGAGCUUAUCUUCAUCAAUGAGGAUGCUACUACUACUGACUUCAGCUCCUUGAGUCAUUCAAAGAGUAUGAAUAAUGUGCACAUGACAGCCAGUCCUAAUGGAACGGUAAAUUCCAAGAGCAAAGGGCAGCACCUACCUCAGGCUCAGAUACUGGUCCUGCCUCCUAAGCCCUCAGAACCGGACCUGAGCACUAAAUACCGGUAUCAGUCCAGACAUGACCACAUGGUCUGUAAAUGCCUCUCACUAAGCAUCUCCUAUGCAGCAACCAUUGGAGGACUGACAACCAUCAUAGGGACUUCUACUAGCCUCAUAUUCUUAGAGCAUUUCAACAACCACUACCCAAAUGCUGAAGUGGUGAAUUUUGGAACCUGGCUUUUGUUUAGUUUCCCAGUCUCCCUCAUCAUGUUGGUCCUUACUUGGUUCUGGAUGCAUUGGCUGUUCUUGGGUUGCAAUUUUAAGGAGACCUGUUCCGUGAGCAAGAAGAAGAAGACCAAACGGGAAGAAAUGUCAGAGAGAAGAAUUCAGGAAGAAUAUAAGAAAUUGGGAAGUGUUAGCUAUCCUGAGAUGGUGACUGGGUUUUUAUUCAUUCUAAUGACAUUGCUUUGGUUUACUCGUGAGCCUGGCUUUGUACCAGGGUGGUCAUCUUUCUUUGAAAAGAAAGGCUACCGGACUGAUGCCACUGUCUCUGUUUUUCUUGGUUUCCUCCUUUUCCUCAUUCCAGCAAAAAAGCCAUGUUUUGGGAAAAGAGAAAAAGGAGAUGGUGAAAGGUCAACAGACAUUAACACACUGGAUCCCAUCAUUACCUGGAAGGACUUCCAGAAGACCAUGCCCUGGGAAAUUGUAGUGUUGGUUGGAGGUGGUUAUGCCUUAGCAGCUGGAUGCAAGACCUCUGGCCUCUCUACUUGGAUUGGACGCCAAAUGCUGUCCCUGAGCAGCCUUCCCUAUUGGGCUGUAACUCUGCUGGCCUGCAUUUUGGUGUCCCUUGUUACAGAGUUUGUUAGUAACCCAGCAACUAUAACCAUAUUUCUGCCUAUUUUAUGCAGCAUGUCAGAAACCCUGCUUAUCAACCCGUUAUACACCCUGAUUCCUGUCACCAUGUGUAUCUCCUUUGCGGUGAUGUUACCGGUGGGUAAUCCUCCAAAUGCCAUCGUCUUCAGUUAUGGGCACUGCCAGAUUAAAGAUAUGGUUAAAGCUGGCCUGGGUGUAAAUCUGAUUGGUCUCGCUGUUGUCAUGGUGGCAAUCAACACAUGGGGAAUUAGACUCUUCCAGCUGAAUACUUUUCCAGAAUGGGCAGCAGUAAGCAACACCACUAGCCAAAUCUAGCCUU